AUGUUCGCCGACCGAUCUACUAUUCAAUAUAAAUGCUCAGGAUCUGGCAUUCGCUAUAAAUGCUCAGGAUCUACUAUUCAAUAUAAAUGCUCAGGAUCUACUAUUCAAUAUAAAUGCUCAGGAUCUACUAUUCAAUAUAAAUGCUCAGGAUCUACUAUUCAAUAUAAAUGCUCAGGAUCUGGCAUUCGCUAUAAAUGCUCAGGAUCUACUAUUCAAUAUAAAUGCUCAGGAUCUACUAUUCAAUAUAAAUGCUCAGGAUCUACUAUUCAAUAUAAAUGCUCAGGAUCUACUAUUCAAUAUAAAUGCUCAGGAUCUACUAUUCAAUAUAAAUGCUCAGGAUCUACUAUUCAAUAUAAAUGCUCAGGAUCUACCAUUCGCUAUAAAUGCUCAGGAUCUACUAUUCAAUAUAAAUGCUCAGGAUCUACUAUUCAAUAUAAAUGCUCAGGAUCUGGCAUUCGCUAUAAAUGCUCAGGAUCUACUAUUCAAUAUAAAUUCAGGAUCUACCAUUCAAAAGGAACCCUCGGGAUUUAA